AUGGAAGAAAGAGCCAUCAUAUGGAAUAACCUCUUUACAUUAGCGAAGUCACAUAGAAUGGCUUGGGUAAUUGCGGGGGAUUUCAAUGAACCGUUGGUGGAUGAAGAUAAAUUUGGUGGCAGAGCUGUUAGCAUAAGCAAAUCAAUGCAUUUCAAAGAGUGCCUUGAUAAGUGUAGCAUGGUUGAUUUGGGGUUCUCGGGGCCAAGGUUCACCUGGUCUAAAGGAAGAGAAUUGUCUGCUCUAAUUCAAGAGAGAAUUGACAGAUUUUUUGUGAAUCCUAGUUGGUACUCGAAUUUUCCAAAGGCAAGAGUCACCCAUCUCACUCGUUGCUAUUCAAACCACUAUCCUGUGCUUUUGGAAACAACUCCCCAUUAUCAGCAACAAUUGCCUAGGCCUUUUAGGUUUCAAAGUUACUGGCUGUCUGACCCGUCCUUCCCCUCUGUGGUCUCGGCUGCUUAG